GGAGCGGCUCCAGCGGCCGGAGCGGAGCUGUCCAUUCGUUCAGCACUUCUCCUCGGACAGCAGCAGGACCACAGCCCGGGGACAUUUCGCUCCCGGAGCCUCCGGAAAACAGCGCUCCGUUCCAGGAUGGCGUCCCAGUGCGUCGGCCUUUGUGUGCUUCUGAUUGUAGUGAGCCAGAUUUCUGCCUUCCCCACACCGACAGCCUCCAGCGAUGACAAAACUGUGCACAACAGACAGCUGACAGAAGAGAGACCAUUACAAGAGCAGAUUGCUGAGGCAGACAGCGUGAAGGCUGCAGUACAGUCAGCGGAGAGCAAGCAAUCUCCUGCCUCCAAAGGCGUGGAGCCGGAGCAGGAGCAGGAGCAGGAUCGUGAUGACUUUACCAUGCUCAAGUCCCUGGCCGACGGCCAGAAACCAAAGGAGACCGCAGACGUCUCUGUCAAGAAGGAGGACCAGUACGUUACUGAUGAAUCGGACUCCACCAAGAGCCGACGUCUGGCCGAGGACUACGACUCCACCAAGAACGGGAUGGACUACGGCAAGUACCAGGAUGACCCAGAAAGCUUUCGUCAGGUCGACGGCACGCCACUGACAGCCGAAGACAUCGUCCAGAAAAUUGCAAACAAAAUCUACGAGGAGGACGACAGAGGAGUGUUCGACAGGAUCGUGUCCAAACUGCUCAAGCUGGGGCUGAUCACUGACUCUCAGGCGGAUACUCUGGAGUAUCAGGUGGCCGAGGCCCUCCAGGAUCUCAUCACCAAGAACGCCAAGAUCAACGAGGUCGAAGACGUCGAGAGCAACGACCAAGAGACCAGGAGGGAUCAAGACGACCAGGGCUCAGAUACCACCUCGGACACUUGGGAGCCACCGAGGCGCCGUUACAAUGACGAGGAGGAAGAGGAUGAAGACGACGACGAGAUUGAGGAUGAGAUUGAGAGGGAUGCAGAGGAAAGAGGCGAUGCCGCGGACGACACCUGGGAUAAAGACACCGAGGAGGGCAACGAGGUGAGCCCCGAAGACGGACUCCAGGACCUGCAGUACUUCCCAAACUUCUACCGCCUGCUCAGAAGCCUGGACUCAGAGAAAGACACUCAGGAGCGAGAGACACUGAUCACCAUCAUGAAAACCCUGAUUGAUUUUGUGAAGAUGAUGGUGAAGUACGGCACCAUCACACCAGAGGAGGGAGUGUCCUAUCUGGAGAACCUGGAUGCUAUGAUCGCCAUGCAGACCAAGAACAAGCUGGGAAAGUCUCUGGGGCCUCCUGACUUCGCUGCACUCAGCGGGAAAAACUUGGAUGAGGAUGACAACACCAAAGCUGAGGCGGCCAAGAUGCAGAAGGAGUACGAGAAUCUGAAGGACUCGACCAAAGAGGAGCAGCCGCCCACUGAGACCAAUCACCCCGGCAAGUCGGAGACGUAUCUGGAGGCCAUCAGGAAGAACAUCGAGUGGCUGAAGAAACACAACAAAGACGAAGGCAAUAAUGAUUACGACCUGUCCAAGCUGAAGGACUUCAUGGACCAACAGGUUGAUUCGUAUAUCGAGAAGGGAAUCAUCGCCAAAGAUGAAGGCGACACCAUCAAGAGGAUCUACAGCAGCCUGUAAUACUGUCACCUGCCCCAAAACACAAGACUCUGACUCCAACAUCUCCCACAAAACCCUGAUUAUGUUUGUUUUUUUUCCCCCCAUGGCAUGGUAAAAUAUAUACUAUGUAUUCAAACCUACCUGCUAAUGGAAUCUUAUUUAACUUUCUAGACAUUCCCAACAUCUAUUGAAAUGAUUUAAAUACACUAUCAGCAAAAUCAAAACAAACCUCAUUAAUUUAUUCCUAACAGAGAACUAAAUGAUCGUAUUUGCACGCCGAGAUAACCUUUAGACUGUCACUAAGAAGGAAAUCACAUUAUUUUAUGUCAUGAAUUCACCACACAUUUGUUCCAACCUGAUUCUUUUGGAAAAUGAAUGUUUUGAGGAUACGACGCCGUAGCUUUGUCAUAACUGUUUCCAAAUCAUUUUUGCAACACACAUAUAUCAAAUUAUGCUCACUAUCUGUAACCUGUCUUAGCCUGUUAUAUUUGCUUUUCCCUCUUUUGGUGUAUGUGUAAAACCUAAAUGUAUUCUUGCUUUUUACUUUACCAAAAAAAAAAUAUAUAUAUAUAUAUUUGUUGGUUAUCAUGUCAGUGCGCUUUUUUCUCCUGUACCACUCUGCUGUAAUCCAUCUGGAGCCCACUAGGGGGCGAUGUCUGAAUCAUGAAGUGUCUGUGCAUUGUCUCUAUGAGUUCAUUUCCAUCUAGAGACGAAAGAUGAAGUAUUUUUAAAUGUAAAUAUUUGUGAUUUUUUCCUAAAGUUGUAAAAGCAAUUAAAACAUUGCCUUUUCUUUA